AUGCUUCUUGCGCGGCUGCGAUCAGUCAAUCGAUUCCGGAAUCUUGUCGGUUGUUACGGCCAGUACUACGGGAGAACCUUCACUUCGGUUGCCCGUCAACGAUCGCAGGUGACUCAAAGCACCCCGCCCCCUCUAUCGCACAAGAGCAGUAAGAUGGCCCCCGUCAAGAUGGAGCCGCCGCCGCCGCCGCCGGUGACCACGGCCGGUGACCUGGUCGAGUCCGCCAAGCGGGCCGCGGGCCGGAGGGCCGUCGCCGAGCACCUGGACACGGCGUACAGGCACAUCGGCAUCGGGUCCGGGUCGACGAUCAAGUACGUGGUGGAGGCCAUCGCCGAGCUACCCGCAUCCCAGACGAGCCAGAUGAAGUUCGUGCCGACGGGCAUCCAGUCCCGCGAGCUGAUCCGCGCCGCCCGCCUGCCCCUGCUCGACAUCACCGACCUCUUCACCGAGAAGGAGUACGAGGACGCCCAGCAGUACAUCGAUGUCUGCUUCGACGGCGCGGACGAGGUCGACCUCGAGCUCAACUGCAUCAAGGGCGGCGGUGCCUGCCACCUGCAGGAGAAGAUGGUGGCCAACUACAGCCGCAAGUUUGUCUGCGUUGCUGACUACCGCAAGCAAGUGCCCAGGCUCCUGACCAACUGGGUUGGCGUGCCCAUCGAGGUGUCUCCCAAGAUCACCGAGGGCGUGCGGCGCGGGCUGAUCUCGAUCGGGGCGCAGAAGCCCUUCAUCCGUUCGGGACUACCGGGCAAGGCCGGCCCCGUGGUUACAGACAACGGCAACCACGUCAUUGAUGCGCCGUUCCCGACGCUGCUGCUCAACAGCGAGGCCCACCUGAUGGACCCCUCGCGCGGCAUCUGGACGCCCGAUGCCCUGCUCAACCGCAUCAAGCAGAUCUCGGGUGUCAUCGAGGUCGGCAUCUUCACCGGCUACGACGGGCCUGAGGCCCGCGCCGCCGGUGCCAACGCCGCCCGGGCGGCGCAGAAGCCCAUUGUGGUCUACUUUGGCAUGGCGGACGGAAGCGUCGAGACCAAGUACGCACAGAAAUAA